AUGGUGGGGCGUGCGGCCGCGGGUAUCGAUGGCACUCCCUUGGCAAUGAGCACAUUCGUCUUCUUCCUGUCCAUUGGUGUCUUAAUAAACGCAAUGUGGCUGAGCCAGGACCCCAUUGCACACUGCGAUCCUUUCCUAGACCUACCCUUAAGAAUCAUGGCAACUAUCCUCGUGGCAUUCUCUAUUGUCGGUGUAGUCGGAGUCUUAGCCCGUAUCAACUUGAUCCUCAGCAUCUACGGAUGUGUCAUGAUUUUGCUCGUCCUCGUCAUGUUUGGUUUUUCCAUUUUCACGUUUGUGGUGACUUACAACAACGACGACGGAAAGGGCUAUAAGGUUGGAAAUAAUGACAACGGUUGGUUUAAGAAGAAUGCGAACAAGAAUUGGAACACUAAUAUUAGUACUUGCCUUGAACAAACCAAGAUUUGUGAUAACUAUACCAACUAUUAUGAGUUUGAUCUAAAUACCAUAUCCGUUAUACAGCCCGGUUGCUGCAAGCCGCCUUCAAAUGAUUGUUCAAAUUCAACUUCCACAAAUCCCGAUUGCAGUAAAUGGAAUAGAGACCGGAAUGUGUUGUGUUAUAGUUGCGAGACUUGUAAAAUUGGAUGGAUGAAUAUCAUCGGGCCAAAGUGGAUGUGGGAAGCCAUCACCAACCUUAUACUUCUUAUCUUUAUCAGUGUCUCGGAUAUAGUUCUCUUCAAAUCCUUUCCCCGAGAGCAUGUUAUGAGUUCAGCGGAUUCAUCGACCAACAAUUAA